UACCAGGAAAGCGGAGUGGGGGACAGCAGGGCACUUGGGUGGGGCGUCGCAUUGCAUGUGCUAUCUGUGUGGCAGAGGCGGGCGGGGGCGGGCUGGUGCAGGCGGUGAUCUACUACCCCACUCACCCCCCUCGAGGUAUUGUUGUCGUUGUUGUUGCCGCAGCAUGCCCCCCUCAGCCCCGCCGUUCCGCCGACGUCCAUCCCCCACUCCCCUCCCCAAAGUUGUCGGCCGCGGAUGGAUAGGGCGAUCUCACAGAUCAUCUCAAUGUCACUAGAUUAUUCUUCGAAGCGAUGGGACGCCAAGUUCCAUCUCUCGUGUGCGCAAGAGACUAAACCUAAACGAGUACUAUGCCGCAUGCCGCAGUUGAUCGGAAAAUGAAGAGCCAGCAUGUGGUGCGAUGGCACACACUCUUGCAGGGUACACUUGUCGAUGGUAUGCCACACGAAGCCGCGGACAGUAGGGCGUCACCUGACGGCCCUCAACCGACGUCAAUAGCGUCACCGAAACAUGCGCUUCUGCUGCCCAUGCGCCCCCCCGACAUGAGGCUGGGUCCAGGCUGCAGGCGACCGGGUGGCAGAUAUGCCAACUCCCAGCCUGCAGGCGGUGAAGGGAUGGCGGCCGGGGCGUGUGGGCGGCAUGGGUGGCGUCGAGGCACUGCGUUCCCAAGGGCCAGAUCUCGCGUUCCAGUUGCCAGUUGCCAGGCGCCUAGGGCUUCGGGACCCCGCUGUCAAUGCUCUUCAGCCUUUUGCUGCAUUUUGCUCACAGGAGUUAGGGCCUCAGGUCCCAUCUUGUCAAAACGCCGCCUCAUCCAGCACUCUCUCUCUCCCUGCGGCACAGCGGCCCGCCUUGGGUACGCACGCACCUCCCCGCCUCACGUCCCCAUUCCGAGUACAUUUCUGCGCAGAGGCUUUCAUGGCGCGAAGCAGCAGCUCCAAGGCGGCAGGCGGGUGGGCGCCACGGACGCGCCGCACAUCGUUCGUGCUCGAUUCGAUGCCGUGGUGAGUGAUCGGGUCUUGCCAAGAAGAGCUCGAGCGCCGGCGCGCGCGCCGGUCUUGUGUGCUUCUCGGCGCGCCGGCGCAUUGACGGCCAAGGAGGGCACUUGCUAGAACGAAGGCGCUCGAGCAGGCAAGGCCGCCUGGCGGCCGGGCCGGCGGGCCAGUAGAUGUGCGCCCGGCAAGGGGGGCGGAGUGGUCCGCUGCUGCGAUGGGGCUAAAUUGGGGGCUAGGUGCGAGCAAUUGGCUCAUGCAACGAGUGUAGGGUGUAUCCUUGUGAUGAAACGCCUCCACCGCAAUUCUGUUGUUAUCCAGAAACAGAUGGAUAGAUGUGCGAGAUGCAGC